AUGGUCAAACUUACGACUGAACUCAUCCAAAGCUCUAUGCAGUAUAUUAAUCCAUGCAGGGAUCGUGAAUUAGACUUGAGAGGAUACAAGAUUCCACAAAUAGAGAAUUUGGGUGCUACCUUAGAUCAGUUCGACACAAUUGAUUUUUCUGACAAUGAUAUACGAAAGCUUGAUGGAUUCCCUCUUCUGAAACGACUUAAAUGUUUAUUCUUCAAUAAUAAUAGGAUUGUGCGAUUGACAGAAAAUUUGGAACAAUACCUACCUAAUUUGGAGACUCUUGUUCUAACUAAUAACAAUUUAUCUGAGUUGGGUGAUCUGGAUCCUUUAUCAACAUUACCAAAAUUAAGAACAUUGUCACUUAUGCACAACCCGGUCGCAAAUAAACAACAUUAUAGGGCAUAUGUUGCUUACAAAUUACCUGAACUAAGGCUGUUAGACUUCAGAAAGAUAAAACAAAAAGAAAGAGAGGAAGCAAAUGCACUGUUUAAGAGCAAAAAAGGCAAGGAAAUACAAAAAGAAAUAACAAGAAAAGCAAAAACAUUUGUUCCUGGUGGGAAUUUGCCAGAUCCUAAAAUUACAAAUCUUGCACCUCAAGAAAUACACAAAAUUCGUGAGGCUAUCAAAAAUGCUUCAUCAUUGCAAGAAGUUGAGCGUUUGACGAGGAUGUUACAAUCAGGCCAGAUACCUGGCCAAAAACCUUUGCAACCACCAAGCCAAUCAAAUGGACAACGUAAGAUAGUGCUAUAUAUAUUUUUUUAUACCUUACAAGUUACUGCCUAA